GAGACUCAGGUGAUUGAUUGGUGUUGCAAACAGUAGGUAAUACUGUCGUCUGCUUCUGCUGUCACAGCUGACAAGAAUAUGCUCUAGUAUGGUCAAAAAUAUUUUCAUACCAUUAUAAUAUUUUAAAAUAGUGUAGGUACUUUUAAAUAAUAAGUUUUGGAAUAACUUAUCGGUCACUUCAAUGUAGAAAAAACAAACUGUAAAAAUGGACAAAUUUGAGCUCAAUACUGAUAUUCUAACAGCCUGCAACAGGUGUGAGUCACUAAAAGAUAUCGGUUCAAAGGAGUUUCAGAAUGUUAGUGAGCUGUGGAUGCACUUGAAAUCAGUUGAAGAAGACGUUGACAACAAGCUAAUCUCAUUCACUGAUUUGAAUGAACAGCAAAUGCAGCUGCUCCAUGACUACAAUGACAUGAAGGACUUGACUCAGUGCGUCUUCGGUCGACUGGCGACCAUUCUCGACGUGUCCGUUAGUCAAGUGCACAAAAAGUUUGAUAUUUAUGAUGUGAAGACAUGAUUCCUCUUUUUGAAGAUUGAAUUACGCAAACAGAAGUCUGAAAUAUUCAUCUUCUCAUUCUUCUUUAAUAUUGAUACUCUCAUAAUACCUCAUUGUAUCAAGGCCGUGUUUAAAUACAAAAUAUGGGAUUCUUCGUGGACAUUAAGAGAAAAGUAAUAAUUUGUGAGAAUAAAAAAUAUUUCAGUAUUAUAAAUUUAAGUCCUAGUUUCCAACUGAGCUACAGAGAAAGCUCUGGACUGUGACCAGUGAGUAAGAUUAUUGAAUCCUUAUUUCCAUUCAAGUAUGAUAUUUAAAAAGAUUGUUUUGUAAGAUUAAAAUUGUCUUUAUUCUUUUUCA